AUUUGAAAUUAAAGUUUAGGAUACAGUUGGUCCUUUAUGGACUCCAUCAUCAUUCCCGUGAUGACCAUACAAAAAGAAAAAGAUUUGUUCAGUCUUAAAGCUUCUUCAAAUCUUAUAUUAAUUAUAUACACACAGUGAGGUAUACCUCUUCAUUCAUCAUUGAUUCCCCUUCUUCUAUUUCAUAUUCAAAUUAUGAACGACAAAGGAAUCAUGGAAACUGAAGCUUCCAUAGCGGCGAUGGGCCUUGGCGGACUGCCUCGUCAGACCAGCAUCACUAAGAACAACUGCAUUUGCUCACCGACCACUCACCCGGGGUCAUUCAGGUGCAAGCUUCACCGGACUCCUUCGCUGCAGCGUACCAAAAGCGUUGAGACUAACAUACUUCAAAAUCUUGUGAGCAAGCCAGAUGAUUCUUCUAGCACCGGAGAUGAAGCAGCUAAAUAGUCACUAGGAAACAAGGUAGUACCGUAGUAGUUUCUAUUCUCCUUUUGUCUCUACCUACGUCUUGUGGUUUCGUACUUUCUUUCAUUUGAAGUGUGUGUAACAUUUAAAUUAAUUUUCUUCUAAUCUCUAAUAAAUUUAUUGAUAAAAGUUAAGUUUCCAACUUAUCAAUUUUGUUACCAUCUUUCAAAUGUUAAGUUUUGUCAGAAAAUGAUUUUCUUUUUCUUGUACUUAUACUUGCACCUCAAGAUGUUGGCCUUUAAGGUGUUUCAAAGGGCAUUAUGAU